CCCAACAAUUUGUGUUUGUUUAUAAGCCCGUUUAUACUUUAGCAUGUGGGCUCAAGAAUUAUUGGGUGUUCAAUAUUUUUGAAAGACACAAGCAUUUUUACCUUCCCUCUCGUUUUGAUUUCCACUCCCGCGCUUUGAGGCCUCUCUCUCUCUCUCUCUCUCUCUCUCACAACGGCCAAAUCAUCAACUCAGUUUUCUUUUCCUGAAGCAUUGUUACGUUCGGAUGUGAAAGUCAAUCCCAGGCUUGUUCGAUUUUAAUUGAUGUUUAGUAUUCCAAAUCAGGUGAAAUAUCGUGGUGCCUGUGGAUUGUGAAUAGAUACAAUUACUGAAGUUGCCCUUUCUACGUUUUAGUGUGAGAUUUGGGAGAACUAGGGUGACUGGAUUUUGAUCUCAGUUCUUCCAUGGAGUUCAACAAGGACGAGGCUGUGAGGGCUAGGCAAGUUGCAGAAGCUAGAAUGCAAAGAGGUGAAUUUGUGGAGGCACUCAAGUUUGCUACCAAGGCCAAAAAAUUGUGUGCUGACGUUGUAAACAUUACCCAUGUUAUUACAAUUUGUGAGGUUCACAAUGCUGCAAAGAAAAAACUCUCUGCCACUGAUUUGGACUGGUAUGCAAUUCUUCAGAUUGAAGGGUUGGCUGAUGAAGCAGCCAUAAAGAAACAGUACAGGAGGCUUGCAUUGCUACUUCAUCCUGAUAAGAACAAGUUUGCUGGUGCAGAAGCUGCUUUCAAGUUGGUUGGGCAAGCUAAAGGGGUCUUGAGUGACCAAGCAAAACGUUCUUUGUUUGACAAGAAUUUUGGAGCCUCCGUGAGAGGUGCUGCAGUGAAAUCCACUGGUUCCAAGAAGCAAGUUAGACAGAAGACGUUCUGGACAUGUUGCCAACAUUGUAAUGCUAAGUACCAGUACUCCAUACCAUUUUUAAAUGCAACUUUACGCUGUCAACAGUGUUUGAAGACCUUUAAAGCUGGUGCUAUUCCUUUUGUUGUCCAGAAAGAAUCUCCAGUGCAUGGUCCUCCAAAACCAGCCUCAGAAAAUACUGGUGGAAAUCCCCUUGGUAGAGACCAUGCUGGUACGUUUGGGCGGUCAAAUCCUGUGCCUAUGAAAAAAUGUGCUGCUGGAGUUGGUGUUCAUUGUGAAGGUGAAAAGAGUAAAGAUGGCUGCGUUCCUGCAUCCAGAGGCAUGGACCCCCAAACCUCUAAAAAUGUUGGAAGUAAAAGAGUAUGGCAGUCAGCACCAGAUUCAGGAGAAAGUUUCAAGGCUGGUAAUGGUGAUGAGAUGAAAGAUGCUUAUGUUCAAGAAAAUGCUGUUGAUCCUUCGAGACUUAAUGCAGGGAGAUCUUCCAGGAAAAAGCAGCAUUUUUAAUGCGUGGAACUUGGAAGAUGACAAUUUUGAAAUUCCUUCCAAAACGCCACUACAAACUGGAUCAGAUAAUGCUGAUGAAAUUAAGUAAAAAGAACGUGCCUGCAAAACGACAGGGUUUUUAUAGUUAUUAGUACUGGAAACACACCUUUUGUGUGUUUCUACUGUGUCACACAUUUUUAUCGUUCUAAAUUUGAUAUGAGAAAUAUUAAGGGCACCUUGUUUAACACACUAUUUUGAA